UUUCCUUCGGCUGCAAUGUUUCAGGACCCAGCGGCAGCCUCCUCCAUCCCUGUUGUGAUGCAGUGCUGGGUCUGAGAACGGAGCUGAACAGUGGGAUAACAUUUGCCAGGCCCGAGGGCCGCUAGACCAAUAAGACAUGUUGGCUGCCAUGCUGCGCCAGAGUACUGGUGGAGGGUCAGGUGGUGGUGGUGGAACCAAACUCUCUCUUGGCAUCUCCCGCCUGUCUAGCUCCAGCUUGGGUUCAGCAGGUCCUGCACGGGUCUCCAAGAGUGGCUCGGUGAGCUUGGACAGCCCGGAUAUCCCCGCCUCCGACCCAAACUACAUUAUGCAGCUGGUCAGUGAUGUCCGCAAGUUUGCUGAUGUGCUUCUACAACUCAAAGAAGUUUUCAACUCCAAAGAGCACCAGGAUUGCCUCCAUCAGGCAGUCCAUGAGCGACUCGGGGAGCUGCUGCGAGUCCUAAAGGCCAUUAUCAGCAAACACCAGAGCCUCAACUCAGUAGACAUCCUCAGUACAGCUGGAACCGUCAUCGCCACGGUCAAAGGAGUGAACUUUAAGGAGGUGAACGAAGAGAACAAACAGAAGCUUUUUGGAGAGAUCUACACCGCUAUCGACACAUUGGCAUUCACGUUUGGCAAUGUAGUGUCUGACUUCCUUAUGGGAGAUGUAGAGAAUGGAUCAGUGUUGGGGCUCCCCCUAACUAAGAGAAGCAGGUCUUUUGAGAACCUUUCUGUGGAAUCUGGAGGAUCCGGUCCUGAGAAAGAUGAUCCGCCAGGGCUGUGUCUGCCGGUUCGGGUGGAAGAGGUGGACAGGACGCUGCAGCGGCAGGACAGCGGGGUGGAGUCCGCGCUGCUCUACGCCAAGGCCUGGUCCAAGUACACCAAAGAGCUGCUGGCAUGGGUGGAAAAACGUCUCAACAUGGAUAUCGAGUGUGCGAAGAGUUACGCCAAAAUGGCAGAAUCUGCCAAGACGCUCGCAAGUCAGCAGGAAUUCAUGCCUUUCCGUGAGAUCUACAUGACUGCUUUCAAAAAUGACAGUGAAUACAGCCAGUUGGUACUUCACACUGCAGCAGUGCUCCAAAGCAACAAAUUCAUGCAGCCUCUCCUGGCCAGAAAGAAUGAGCUGGACAAACUACGAAAAGAGGUCAAGGAGCAGUGGCAGAGAGAGCAAAAGAAGAUGCAUGAGGCCGACAGUGCUCUGAGGAAGGCUCGGCUGCUGCAGGUCCAGCGGCAGGAGGAAUAUGAGAAGGCCAAAGUGUCCACCAGCCGCCUGGAGGAGGAGCAGAUGGGAGGAGGAGGGGGAGCGGCAGCGGCCAAACAGCUAGAGAAGAGGCGCCGGCUGGAGGAGGAUGCCCUGCAGAAGGCUGAGGAGGCCAGGGAGCACUGCAAAGCCUGUCAGAUUGAUGUUGGAGAGAAGAGAGUGGAUCUUGCCAACACCAAGAGUGAGAUCAUCACUCAGAUCCGAGAGAUGGUCUCUCAGUGCGACCUCACCCUCAAGGCUGUGACAGUCAAUUGGUUCCAGCUCCAACAGGCCCAGGUUGUAUCCCUCCCUGUCAACCACCAGAGUCUGUGUGAAAAUGCCAAGCUGUACGAGCCUGGCCAGCGCUACAUCGACUUUGUCAGGAGUUUGCCCACUGACGGGCCUCGCCUGGAGUCCCACUCGUUUGAUUCAGCUGUUACACAAAGCACAGGGUUGCCUUUCAACAAGCGCUCGCUAAGUGGCUACCACUCGUCCCACAGUAACCUGUCGCAGGCAUCCGUGACUUCUGACCUCCUUGGUGGAGAUGACGUAGACAGUCCCAUCAAUGCCCAGCAUACCAAGAUUGCAGAACGGCGCUCCAACAGUAGCAUAGACAUCCAAGCACUUCGGAUUCAGACCCCAUUUCGUCCCUGGGCCACGGCCGGCCAAGGUGGAGGGAUGUGCAGCGACUCAGAAAGUGCUGGAGGGAGCAGUGAGUCCCGCUCCAUGGACUCACCCACUGCGAGUCCAGGAGACUUCAAGCGGAGAUUACCCAGAACCCCCUCCACUGGCACCAUGUCUUCCGCUGAUGAUCUGGAUGAGAGAGAGCCUCCCUCGCCCUCUGAUAACGGUUUAAGCGAGAUUGUAAUAGAGACAGCCAGCUCCCCAGGUCCCUUUAGAAACACCCAGAUGUCCAAGGCAGCUCAAACCCACAAGCUGAGGAAGCUCAGAGCACCCUCCAAGUGUCGAGAGUGCGAUGGCCUGGUGGUGUUUCAUGGAGCAGAGUGUGAGGAGUGUUCUUUGGCCUGCCACAAGAAGUGUCUGGAAACCCUGGCCAUCCAGUGUGGCCAUAAGAAGCUCCAGGGGAGGCUUCACCUCUUUGGCAUCGACUUCACACAGGCAGCGAAGAACAGUCAGGACUGCAUCCCCUUCAUCAUACGGAAGUGUACGUCAGAGAUCGAGAACAGAGCGCUCAACAUGAAGGGUAUCUACCGUGUGAAUGGUGCCAAGUCUCGGGUGGAGAAGUUGUGCCAGGCGUUUGAGAACGGCAAGGACCUGGUGGAACUCUCCGACCUUUAUCCCCACGACAUUAGCAACGUACUCAAACUCUACUUGAGACAGCUUCCAGAGCCACUCAUCCUGUUCCGCUUCUAUAACGACUUCAUCGGUUUGGCCAAGGAAAGCCAGAGUGUCAUUGUGGAGGAACUGGAGGCGUUACGUCUCAGUCCCACCCCGGUGGCCUCGGCUCAGGUCAGCGUGGAUCUCAACCGGGUCCUCUUCAAGAUCAAGGACCUGCUGAGGCAGCUGCCACCAGCUCAUUACAAGACACUGCAGUUCCUAAUAGAGCAUCUGCACCGGGUCACAGAGCGGUCAGAGGAGAAUAAGAUGACGGCCAGCAACCUGGGUAUCAUCUUCGGUCCAACACUGAUCAAGCCAAGGCAGGCAGACGCUGAAGUUUCUCUCUCCUCUCUGGUGGAUUACCCCUAUCAAGCACUCAUUGUGGAGCUCCUGAUCAGACACUAUGAGAUGGUCUUUGACACCCCCCUCAGUCCACUAAGCAUCACCUCGCCUUCAGAGGUUGAUGCCCACCCUAGCCCCGACACCCGCCUCACCCACCAGGAGAAGGAGAGGCGGCUGAGCAGGCACUCUAAGUCGCUGGGAGAUAUUAAGGAGCAAACCUCUAAGGUGUAUAAAAGGCAUUCCUCCAUUAUUCCUUCUUCCCACUUACUGGCUGAGGUUGAGGAGACCACGCCGAGCCUCGAUGGAAGUGACUUUGAACCUGUUGAUGAAGUGGAUUCAGAGACCCUCAAUGGGGUUUUAUCAUCAGGUGUCCCUGAAGUCCCGAAACCUGGCGAGAGAGGGCUCUGUCGUUCACAGCAUAUCACAGUCACCAGGGUCCAGCUUCGACACCCUCGCAACAAACUCUCCUCCCGGCCGGUCAGCAUGCCAGCUGAACAGAUUCUAAGCCGAGGCCAAGUCGACGAGAACAACAGCUGGAACAGCGCUGACCAAGACGUCAGGAAAGGAGGCAGCUGUGACCAGUCCAUCGAGGAGGUGGACGAAACGGAGAAUACAAAAUUGCGAGUGGCCACGCAUUACCGGAGUACAUUUAUUGACACCCAGACAUUACGCAGAACUUGGGACAAACAGUACAAGCACGAUGUUGCUUCUAGGUCUGUCAGAAUUGUGGCCAGUUCGUCCACAGAGAGCACAGCAGCGGAUGCCAGCAACUUAUCAACUUCUGUGCCAUCAACCCUCUCCCUUGGAACUACAGGGGACACUAUUAGCACCAUCUACCCCAACAGACCUUACACCGUCGCAGUGCGACCUAGCAGGACUUUAAGAAGAGAGGACAAUGUAAUCAAGUAUAGCCCCAUCACAACAGCUUUCAGGGCUCCCAGGACUCUCCAGCCUCCCCCUGGAACCUUCUACAAGCCCCCAUCGGGGAGCAAAGCUAAAGCGCUGCAGAACUGUGUGUUAACUAACAGUGCUGAGGAAGAAGAUGAUGAUGAGGAGGAGGAGGAGGAGGAGGAGGAUGAUGAGGAGGAGGAGUUGGGGAUUGAGAUAGAAGUGUCUGUAGAUGAGCCUCUUGAAGAGGUCACAGAGGCUGAGCAGGUGGCCAUGUCUCAGUCUCCCAGUUCUAGCCCUGAGGAACUGGGCCAAAACCAGGCCAAACCAGUGUACCAGAGACUAAGGCCCAGACGCCUCCAAGAGGUGGAACAUCGAGAGGCUCAUUUUGUGUGAUUCUCUUAGAGUCAGGGGCUAUCACAGAUCUAAGAAACAGUGGUGGAAUGUGAACACUGUGUGCCAUAUUCUGUUGGUGAAAGAAUAAAAAACAUCUGCGUUGGCAGUGCAAAGACGAUUUCCAGAUGUGCUAUCAUUGUGGGCAUUGUGUGGAGAAUUAAAUGUACCUUUGUCCUCAAAAGACAAACAGGAUGCACUUAAACUGCUGUAUAUUUUUUAACAUGAUUCACCAAUAUUUCAUUUACCAAUCACCUACUCAGUACACUCUGGCACCUGGUCAGAAUAUUUAUAAAUUUUUCUUUUGAAACUGUGCAAUUACAUUUUAUUUGAAUAUUUUGUAUAAAGUUCUUACACGCUCACUAUCUAUGUAUGUUUAUAUACCAAAAACUAUGUUUGAAUCUUUACAAUAGUGCAUGUAGCCAUGACUUUGAAAAAAAAAAGUUUGGUGCACUUACCUGACAUGAAUACUCUUCCACAAAUCAUGUUUCUACUGUGAGUCAUAAUGUUUCAAACUGUUACAUUUAGGUUAUAAUUAAUCAUUUUGCUAAUAACUUGUGUAUAAAGCAAUAUAAUGACCCUUGUUACUUGCUGUACUGAAUAUUUGUAUUGGCAUCUGCUAAUGUUAUGAAGCAGCGGUUGCAAAGGGUGUACAUCCACUUGUUUUAUACUGUUGAACUUGUAUGGUGUCAACUCAAACUGUUCUGAAAAGCUUUUAGAAAUGCCAUGGCAUUAUCUUUCUUAUUUUAAGAUAACAUCUACAUUUCAUAAUAGCCAAAGUGUUUUUCUUUUCUUUUCUUUUCUUUUUUUUUUUUUAAACUGAAGUAUUUUUUAUCAUUAACCUAAAUCUUACAGUAUCUUUGUAAGUAAUAGGAAACACAUCAUUUAUUUAAAUGGUAUCUGUUUUUCAUGGUAAUGUACAAGGUUGACAGAAUGUUGUUGAAAAGUUCAGUGUAAAAAAAAAAAAAACAGGUACAUGAAAACAAACACCCUUUUGUAACUUAUUAAAAUA